AUGGAGGAGAUGGAGGAGAAAGCUGGACGUUGCAGCAAGCUACUAGGUUCUUUCUGCUUUUCUCUUUCACACUUGCUCAUUUACAAGCCAGCUAACUCUGUAGAGCACUUCCCAAAUCUCUGUGCCAACACGCUCAAAGGCUGCACCACAGUGUGCUGCAGUAGCUUCGUGAGCGCGGACCUUGUGUCGGAGCUGCCACCACUGCCCUCGGCUGUGUCACCCCUCUUCUGCGCCCGCCCUGAGUCCCGUGCCGGAUCAGGUGGGUUCAGAAAACGGAAGCAUGACAAUUUUCCACAUGGCCAAAGAAGAGAGGAGAAAGAGAACGUUAAUCCAUCAUCAGCUUUGAUGAUGUCUUUUAAAUCCUUUCAGCUGGAGCUCGACACCAGGCACGACAAAUACGAGCGGCUGGUGAAGCUCAGUCGUGACAUAACCAUUGAAAGCAAGAGAACGAUAUUUCUGCUCCAUAGGUUUACCAGUGCUCCUAAUGGUGAAGAAAUACUGAAUGAAUCUGAAGCCAAGUUAGAUGCUGUUAGAAGGAAGAUUAAGCAGGUUGCACAAGAACUCAUUGGAGAAGACAUGUAUCAGUUCCACAGAGCUAUAUCUCCAGGGCUUCAAGAGUAUGUUGAGGCAGUCUCAUUUCAGUAUUUUAUCAAAACACGGUCUUUAAUUAGUGUUGAAGAGAUCAACAAGCAACUAAUAUUUACAGCAGAAGACAGAGAAGAAAUAACAAACAAGACUUCUGAUUCCCAGGAUAAGCAGCCGGCCACCUGGAGCCUGAAGGUGACACCCGUGGAUUACCUGCUGGGAGUGGCCGACCUCACCGGGGAGCUGAUGCGCCUCUGCAUCAGCAGCGUUGGCAAUGGGGACAUAGACACACCUUUUGAACUGAGCCAGUUCUUACGCCAAAUUUACGAUGGUUUUACCUUUAUUGGCAACACUGGACCUUAYGAAGUGUCUAAGAAGCUCUAUACCCUGAAGCAGAGCCUGGCCAAAGUCGAGAAUGCCUGCUACACGCUGAAAGUGCGGGGCUCCGAAAUCCCAAAGCACAUGCUGGCUGACGUGUUCUCCACCAAAACCGAACUGAUUGACCAAGAGGAAGGGCUAUCCUAAAAUAAGGAGACUUGCAGCCCCUGAGAGAAGUGGACUUAGAGAGGAGAAAGCUUGUUAGGGUUUGAGUUUGACCCUUCUCAAAGCUUUUUAGGUAGAGAUGUUAGUUUUAUUUUCGAGAAGAUUGUUUGCAAUCGUAAUUUGUAACCAAAAAUACUUUUUUAUGAUGUGCAGGAGAACAAAUGUUUGACUUUGUGCUCUCAGCGUGGAAUUUCCUGUAUUGCUCCAUUGUGUCUCCUUUCAGAACGACCAAAUGUUCCACUGUGCUCCACACCGGUGACCGUCGACUGUGCGAGUCACCUCCGACUGUUGUGGUUCCUAUGACCAGUUUUCAGCCAGCACGRCAGGGUGAAGAUGGUUAGGUGCUGUGAUUCAGCAUUACCCAUGGGCUUAUGCUGAGCACUGCUUUCUGAGUGCUUAGUUUCUGUAUUCAUGUCAUGUAAAUCAGUGCACCCUCUUGUACAAGGUGUGUAUAAAUUCCUACCUUGGUCUGAAACUGAGGUGGUGCCAAAGGUGCAGUGUAAUAUAAGUUUUGUCUGUUUAAUGCUUUUGGCAUGAAACUGAAGCUGGGUCAGUUUUUCACCGGUUGAUAGUAAAGCUAAAUACACCAAGAAAAUAUUACUGGGCACUCAUCAUUUUAGCCCUUGGUUCAAAUUUUGCUCUCUAAUUACACUGGUGCUUUACAAUUUUGAUAUUGGUUAGAAAACACUGUAAAAAAUAUUUUUUUUUCUUUUAAUUAUUUUUUUGCAACACAUUAUAAUGCUGAAUCUGCUACCAUUCUGUUCCUAGCCAGAAGUGAAUGACCUGCCAAAUAUGCUGGACGUGGAUAAUUCAGCAGCAGGGCAGGCUGUGGCAUGUGCUGGGGACAGCUUGCAGCUCUGCUGUCCUCUGUGUUUUGUGUUGUCCUGAGGACCUCCAGUGGGAGGGAACUGUUGGAUAAGAGGGCUGGCUUUAAAUAUCUGCUAGCGAGAGCUGCGUCACGCGUGCGUUCCUAUGGAAAGGAAAUUGCAAACAGAAACAAGGCAGACACUCUGACUUCCACAUUUAUCUUUGAGGUGGGUAUGUCACUACUGGCAAAAAAUCGGCAUUUUCUGCCGGUGUCUGAAGUUAUGAAAGUCUGAUAGGGUAUGUUAUGCUAAAGGAAAACAGAUAAAUAACAUGAUCU